AUCCAGUCGACGAAUUUAGGAAUUUUCGAAACCUCAAAGGAUACCUCUGAAUCACAAAUCUCAAACAAAAACAUCGAAGUUAUCAAAAGAAAAUCCUCAAAAGUAACUUCAAAACCCGAAAUUUCGUCCUUUGGUUCGAAAUUUGAGAUGAAUUUCGACCAAAAAUCCGUUCAAAAGCUGCCAUAAAUGGUCUACAAGUGGCCUGAUUGUCUCAAUCCUUCACCAUGGAUCAAGACUGUGUAGUUUUCGGCUGCCGGAAUUCCUCGGUGAUAUUUCAAGCAAAGAAGAAUGAUUGUAAUUUUUUCAAUUUCCCUCUAAGUGAACCAGAUCUGCUGGCUAGGUGGUUGAAGAAAUUGAACUUGGAAAGAUGGACUCCGGGACCGGAGAAUGUCAUUUGCGAAGAACACUUUUGCCUCGAAUCUUUUGAAAUAGUCGAUGAUAAACGUAGUCUUAAAUCCGAUGCUGUGCCGAGUAUGAUCGACGAUUGGCGUAGGAUUAUUACGAGCAACGAUGAUGCUUUUUUAGAUGUAUUUGAUGAACAUGUCGAAGAUAACGAACUGUCGAAAGAUAUACGAUGCAGAAUAUGUGCCAGUUUCCUGAGCGCGUCAAACGCCGUUGAUAUAUCUUCAAAAGAUGAUAACGUGAUGGAAAAAAUCAUGGCGUGUAUUCCUAUCCUUGUCAAAUCGGCAGAUUCGCUUCCGAAACACAUUUGUCGUAUGUGUUUGACUGAUUUAAAUAUAAGUUAUCGUAUGCUGGUCCGAGCUAUCGAAUCGGAGAAACUAUUUAAUAAUAUGUUGAAUAAAUCCGAAUCAAAAUCGUCGCUUCAACGUGACGAAGACGUUAUUGAAAAAUUAGUCGAUGUUGAAAAAAUAACCUCUUCUGAUUGUGUAAUUUGUAACGUACAUUUCGAUAACAUCGACGAUCUGAGUAAUCAUUUUCAAGAGAAACACGUCGACGAACUGGAUUUCAUCGAUCAAGACGUGGUUGAGAAACCUUCGCAGCAGAUCGAAUGUGAUGGAUUCGACAACGACGAACUGUUGACCUAUGUGGAAGAAAAAGACGUAGGAAACCAAGACCCUGACCCUGGAGAUGGUACAAUUAUCGAAUUAGAAUUCGAAGAAGAUCCGCUUAUAGUCGAAGGCAAAGAAGACGCAGAUCAAAUUACUAAUACUAUGCUUAUGAAGACGAGAUGGAAAUGCAACGUUUGUUCGAUGUCUUUCGCAUCCAAAGAUAUAUUGGAUUUUCAUACAGAGAAUUUCCACAAAUCGGAAGAACUCGCCGUACAAUCGACAUCCAACGAUACCGAACACGAUUCAGAUCAAAAUACCGAAGACGAUGCUCAAUAUUCGCUGUGUCAAUUCUGCAUGCAAGUUUUCUGCACCGCAGACGAACUCAACGAACACCUCGAAAGCCACGUAGAAUCUUUAGCUUGCGAUGUCUGCGGCUUCGUAUGUCAAGAUGUCGAAAACCUGAAAAAACAUCGCGAAACGCACAAACGAUCGAAUAAAAACAACACGUGUACGAUCUGCUUCACCGUAUUCCUAUCUCACAGCGAUAUGGUGCAGCAUUCCAAAGACGUACACAGAAUCAAAGAUCCGAAAGAAGACGCCCCUCAGCAGAAAUGGAUAUGUAAAUAUUGCGGUAAAGAGAUCGGCACAAAGUUGAGUUUAUCCAUACACGAACGAAUCCAUACCGGAAUCAGACCCUACGUGUGCGAAUGCUGUGGCCGAAGCUUUAAAUCCAAAGCGAAUCUCAUACAGCAUCAACCAGUCCAUACAGGAAUCAAAAGGUACAAAUGUUCAGUCUGUGAGAAAGCUUUCGCUCGGAAGGCAUUCGUUACCACUCAUAUGAGAGUUCAUACCGGAGAACGUCCGUUCAAAUGUGAAAUUUGCGGCAAUCGGUAUACUCAAAUUGGAGAUAUGCGUAGACACAAGAAAAGACACCUCAUCAACGGAACAACCAACUUGGUCAACGCAUCAUCUACAAAACCUACCCCUGUUCAAACUCUACCUGCGAGACUAUCGAUCCAACCUCAACGUGAUCUACUCGUCGACGAUAAUAAAAUCGAAACUAUCGUAACGGAUCCGGGUACCACCGUUGUCGAGAAUAACGGUUUAAUUAAACUUCAUUUUGCCAAAGAUGUGACCGAUUUUCGUAGGAUACUUGUCGAACUGCAGCAAUAAACGGAUAGAUGUCAUUGGCCGUGACGAUGGACACGAAGAUACGAGGUAGCUGGGCUGCUCGUGUCCUCUGUCCUCGACGGUGACGGAGAAGAAGAGUGUUGAAGAUGCUAGUUAAAUACUUCUAAAUGCAACGCUGGAUGUUGUUUUUUAAACGAAUUCUAUUUUAAUUUUUAAUGUGUAGUAAUGGUGUUCAAUGAAGGAAGAUGCUUUUAUUUAUCUUGAAAAUAUGGACUGUUUUUUUUUUCUUUUUAGCUUGUCACACACGAUCGUGGUUUUCUCUGCUUGUUUUGUUACGAAUGGUUUUAGAAAUAAAUUUUUAUAUCGUG